AUGAAUAAGGAUCAAAUCAGGCCGGCGGGUGCUGCUUGCAUAGGCGUGAUUGAGCACGACGGCUCCAUUUACAAUUCAGAGGGCAUCGACCCGAAGGAAUUGGAAGAGUAUCGCAUAGAGAACGGCACCAUCGUUGGUUUUCCGGGCGCCAAACCGUACGAAGGCGAGAAUCUCAUGUACGAGCCAUGAUUUAUACCUGCCGCUAUAGAGAAAGUAAUUAACAAAGACAACGCAGGACGUAUCCAGGCGAAAAUUAUCGCGGAGGCUGCUAAUGGACCGACCGCCCCAGCAGCGGAUAAAAUCCUGAUCGACAGGAACAUUCUUGUAAUCCCGGAUCUGUACAUUAACGCCGGUGGUGUCACAGUCUCGUUCUUCGAGUGGUUAAAAAAUCUGAACCAUGUAUCGUACGGCCGUUUGACCUUCAAGUACGAAAGGGAGUCCAAUUACCAUCUUUUAGAAUCGGUACAGGAGUCUCUGGAACGUAGGUUCGGUCGCGUUGGUGGCCGCAUACCCGUCACACCGUCCGAGGCCUUCCAGAAACGUAUAUCUGGCGCUUCCGAAAAGGACAUCGUUCAUUCUGGUCUAGAUUACACGAUGGAGAGAUCAGCUAGGGCUAUCAUGAAAACUGCCAUGAGAUUUAAUCUCGGACUCGACCUGAGGACAGCCGCGUACGUCAACUCGAUUGAGAAGAUAUUCACUACUUACUCCGAGGCUGGUCUCGCUUUCUAAAUUAUUUUAGUCACAAGAUUGUAUUCUACGAAUUACGAUAAUUACAGAUUUCGACAAUCAAAACUGUGCUUGUAAUUCAAUGGGUAAUUCAAAUAAACUGGAACUUGAGGUGGCUUUUUAAGCCCUUCGUGAUCUCCUUCGACAUACA